CAAAACCGUAAACUUUCCCAUAACUUCUGUCUGGUUCUUGUGACACUCCCCAAAGUUGGAACACCACAGCACAUGCAAGUCACCAUAACCACGUCAAAUCGAUAAGUAUAAUUAAUGAAGGUGUCAAAAGUGGAGUGUUAAAAAAUGGCAUCCAAAAUUGAUGUGAUCUACGAUGGAUCUCAAAGGAAUCUUUCCGAAGUGCCUCGUGAUUUAUUAGAAUUGUGCAAUUUGCAAAUGUUGUAUUUGGAGAAUAAUGCCAUUGAGUAUCUUCCAGAAAAUAUAUUUCAAAAGCUACCCAGAUUAACCUGGUUAGAUUUGAGAAAUAACCGAUUAAAAGAAAUACCGAGUGGCGUUGCUAAUCAUCAAUGUUUAGAUACUAUAUUAUUAGAAGAUAACAUGUUGGAGAGAUUACCAAAUGAAUUGGGUCUUUGUCCAAAUUUAUUGGUGCUUCAAGUUCAAGGGAAUCCUUUAGUUUAUCCCCAAAAAGAAAUUCUUGAGAAAGGUGCAUUAGCGACUUGUGAAUAUCUAAAAACGCAAUUUGAACAAAAAACGAAUCUACAUACAUCUUCGGAGUUAUCACUUCCUUCCUCAACCACAGCACAUCAUUCACAACCACUUCGUCGAUUUGCAAACAGAAAAACAAUAACCAUUCAAGAAUUAUUAAGAAAAGCAGCAAUGGCAGCUAAAAUGAUGCGCAAUGAUAAUCCUGUAAUCACCGUAAAAGGUUUAUCACCAAAAAACAGUAUUUCGACCUCAAUCCCAACGAAGCCUAAACCUACUCCGAUAGAAGAACCGCUUGAAUUUAGAGUUAAAAAGAAACCGGUAAAGUUUUGUCCGAAAGCGUCAGUUAGUAAUGCCUAUUAUAACAGUAAUAAGUAUUUAAAUGUUAGAAAAGCCAAACCGAAUAAAGAAAGAGUGAUCGAUCAACAAAUUAAAGAUUUAUGGAUGGAAAAAUUAAAAGAGAUCUUGGAACAACAGGAACAAUUGCUUCAACAAGAACGAAACUUAAAAGCUUUAAAAUCGUGGAGAUUUCAAAAAAAUAUGGAACCUAUUAGAAACACCGAGCGGCCGAAACUUGAAGUUCCAUAUGAUACCGAUCCCGAUUAUGAUAAGAUGAUUCAACGAGAAGAUUUAUAUAAACAAGUUGAUACAAUCGUGCGAAAGAGAAGGCGAUUUAGCAAAAACGUCGAUAUGACUAAGAUGAUAAGCGAACUCGUGGCUCAAUUGAAAGAGUUGGAAGCACAAAAUGAAGAAGCUAAGGAAAGGAAAGAAUUAGAAAGAAGCAAUGUUCCAUUGGAAGGGGAAUCUACGGAUAAUGGCGCUGAAAUGAGAGCUUAUGAACUUGCAAGAGCGGAAAAUGAGAUAAGAAAGAUAUUAGAUCUUCACAAAAAAGUAACAAACUUACAAUCCAUGAAUGAUACCGCACCAUAAAUAAGUUUUACAUUUGUUUAACAAAAAAUUACUGUAACUACCCAAAACAACUAUGUUUAUGUAAAUGAACAAUAAAUAGGCAAUUCAAUUUA